AUGGGGCUCAGCCUGAAGCAGCAAGCGGACACCGUCGCCUCCGCUGAAACCGCCCGCUUCGAGGCGAAGGAGGCAGAUAUCAAGAAAACCUCCCAAAAGGCCGGAGACGCCGAGGCCCCCACCCCGGACAAGGGCAAGGGUAAUAGCAGCAGCAGCAGCAGCAGCAAGGCCAAGAAGACGAAGAAGGACCCCGAGGCGCGCGCGCGGCGCAAGGAGCUGAGCAAGGUCAAGUCUACCUUGGGCCGCCUGCAACGCCGCGUGGACGGGUUCUGGUACUCCAAGUUCCCCUUCGCGGGGGCCAGCGGGUUCCGCAAGCGUGUGUUGCUGGGCGUUCGCCCACAGAUGACAUGUCUGAAGCUGAAGGCCUGCUUCAAUCGUGUUCCAGGCAGGAAGGAGUACAUAUGA